AUAAAGCUUUCCAAUGGCGUCUGCUUCCACUUCUUCUAGUACCAUUUGGGUCAAUCCCAGAACCAGAGUCUUUUCAUCUCCUAAAAUGCCUUCCUCCUUUUCAAUUUCUUCUGCUAAGAAACUGAAUAAAGUCCAUUGUGCUCUUCAAUCACCUUCUGUUCUUCAAUUCCCCAAACAAUCUCCCUUUCAAUUGCCUUCUUCUUCCCCGGAAUCAUGGAACUUGUUGCAGAAACUUUCUGCUAUCGCAUUGGAUGCAGUCGAGAACGGGUUAACCGCACGAGAAAAACAAUACCCUUUACCUAAAACAGCUGAUCCCAAUGUUCAGAUCGCCGGAAAUUUCUCUCCUGUCCCGGAACAACCUGUUUGUCACUGUCUACCAGUCGCCGGAAAAAUCCCAGAUCAUAUUCAAGGUGUUUACUUAAGAAAUGGAGCUAACCCUUUGUUCGAACCAACUUCCGGCCACCAUUUGUUUGACGGCGAUGGUAUGAUUUACGCUGUGAAAUUUGAUAAGGGCUCGGCUAGCUACGCUUGCCGGUUCACAGAGACUCAGAGGCUUGUUCAGGAACGGGCUCUGGGUAAGCCGGUUUUUCCGAAAUCUAUCGGAGAACUCCAUGGCCAUUCCGGGAUAGCCAAGCUUUUGUUAUUCUAUGCUCGUGGGUUAUGUGGCUUGGUCGAUAACAGCCAAGGCAUUGGGGUGGCGAACGCCGGUUUGGUUUACUUUAACAACCGGCUUUUAGCUAUGUCGGAGGAUGAUUUGCCUUAUGAAGUUCGUGUCACUCCCACCGGCGACUUGAAAACAGUCGGACGGUAUAACUUCGACGAGCAAUUGAAGUCCACCAUGAUCGCACACCCAAAACUUGAUCCAGUUUCCGGCGAGCUUUUCGCACUCAGCUACGACGUCAUCCAGAAGCCUUACCUCAAGUACUUUAGAUUUUCACCCGACGGCACGAAAUCGAAAGAUGUGGAGAUUGAUCUGGGAAAGCCUACUAUGGUUCAUGAUUUCGCUAUCACCGAGAAUUUCGUGGUGGUGCCUGACCACCAGGUGGUUUUCAAGAUGUCGGAGAUGAUCACCGGUGGUUCUCCGGUGGUGUAUGACAAAGAGAAAGUGUCACGAUUUGGUGUUCUUGAUAAAUAUGCAGCUGAUGGGUCGGGUAUGAAAUGGGUCGAAGUUCCCGAUUGUUUCUGUUUUCACCUCUGGAACGCUUGGGAAGAACCCGAAACCGAUGAGGUGGUGGUGAUCGGAUCCUGCAUGACUCCGGCGGACUCCAUCUUCAACGAAUCCAACGAAGAAUUAAAGAGCGUAUUGUCUGAAAUCAGACUUAAUCUGAAGACUGGAAAAUCCACUCGUCGAGCGAUAAUUUCCGCCGAAAAUGACGUCAAUCUAGAAGCUGGGAUGGUGAACAAAAACCUUCUUGGCCGGAAAUCGAAGUAUGCUUAUCUUGCUAUAGCAGAGCCAUGGCCCAAGGUUUCAGGUUUCGCCAAAGUGGAUCUCUCCACCGGCGAAACCAAGAAAUUCAUCUACGGCGACGAAAAAUACGGCGGCGAGCCUCUGUUCCUUCCGAGGGAUUCAAAUUCUGAAAUCGAAGACGACGGCCACAUUUUGAUCUUCGUUCACGACGAGAAGACAUGGAAAUCGGAGCUUCAAAUCGUUAACGCAAUCACAUUACAAUUGGAGGCGACGGUGAAGCUGCCAUCGAGGGUUCCAUAUGGUUUCCAUGGAACAUUCAUAAGCUCCAAAGAACUGGCAACACAAGCUUGAAGAAAGAGACCACCGGAAAGUUACUUUUUCCGGUGCCGGCGGGAAGAUCAGGGUUUUGUGUACAGCUACUUCGAUUGCAGAAGAGAUUUUACCAGAGGGAUUGGUGGAGAUACGUCCCCGGAAAAUCUAGUCUUGAAAGUUAACCCUCCAACGUCUUUGGGGUAGGUUUUGCAGAAAAUUAAAGAUUGUGGGUUAUUUUUGGAAUUAAUUACUACUUGAGGGGCCAGCUUGUAGCUUUUUGUGUAUGUAUGAACUGAAGCUCAGCUUGGUUCCCUGUUUCCAUCUGGGUACGAUUUCAGCUUGUAAAGAUUAUAUUUUAUUGUUAAUAAACAGCACUAUACUAUGUUAUAUUUACUCUU